UCUCUCCAACACUUUGAGCAACACGCACUAAACAACAACAGAUGCGUGGUACUGAUCAGCACUUGCACUGGAUUUAAGAAGCUAAUCUGUAAAUCUGAUUGGCAAAAGUCCCUCUGACAUCCAUCUCACUCUGAUUAAUUAACCCUUCAACGGAGAAGCCACAGCACCGUAUGGACCACCUGGCAACCCACUGCAGAAUCACAACACCCUCUGAUGGUAAGAGGAUAACACUGUCAGUCUGAGUGUGUGUGAGUGUGCGUGUGUGUGUUAAUCUGYUGCCAUCUUGUUCUGGUUUAACAGACUUUUUGUUCAGCAGGUCAGUGUGUGAAGUGAGGUGAAGCAGGACACACUCURCUGCUCGUCUGGCUGCAGGUGGACGUUUCUGCUGCUUCAGGAGAAAAAUCAGACCAAAGCUGCUGUGAUGUAUCGAUCGGCUGCUCUGGACAACGAGGAGCUGAUGGCUCUGUACGGAGCUGAGGAAGACUGCAUCAGUGAGGAGAACRAUCUGGAUUUGGAGGGCAGCGAGGAGGUGAGGAGCGACCGAGGCGUCCGCAGCUCUUUACUGCUGGAAAUCCAYGGCCUGCAGAGGGAGGAGCAGGUUUAUUUCACCAACCAGGAGUACUACAGGAGGCUGGAGGAGCUGAAGAGCACCCACCUGAGGAACAUGGCCGACCUGGAGAGGAUGUACAUUAGCCAGGGAAAGGACGGGCGAGGCGGAGGAGACGACGGAGAGCUGCAAAGAUGGAGGGACAAAGAGGAGAGGCAGUUUGUCAGGAAGUGUAGUGGCUCCCUCCUCGGCAGUGGUCCCACCAGGASGCUGCAGAGGAUCAACUCCCAGGAAGAGCUGGACUUCCACGAUACAUCAAGUGGUUCAGACCAGUCAGAACCCUGCGGAGAAGAACUGAACUGGACCUUCAGUCAGGAUGAAACAUUUGAGAGAGAAAUCCUGUUCAGUCCUGAGCAGCCGACAGCCAAGAAGAACUUCAGAUUCCAGUCAAAACCACAAGGGAGAGUGUGCCAUCAGACAGGAGCCAGAGUCAGGUCCAACGCCAAAGUCACUGUCCCCAGACCCUUCCAGAUGAUGCUGAGAGAGGAGGAGAGGAAGAGGCACAGGGUGAGGACGCGCUCCGAGAUCGAGCUGGAGAACACGCUGCUGAAACGAGAGCUAGAGGAGCUCAAAGAGUGUCAGAAGAAGUUCMGAGCGACCCCCGCGCCGGCCCACAUCCACCUGCCUCUUUACGAAAUCAUCAGCCGCCGCCCCAGAGGCAACAGCGGCGACCGUUUCAGGGAGCGGAACCGAGAGAGCAACAAGGCCUCACCCAAACCUUUUCAGUUCUUGGAACGAGAGAGGAGGAAGCGGGAGGCCAAGCUUGCUGCGGAGCUGGGGAGCUUUGGUCAGAGAGACGAGUGGCAGCAGGCCUUCAAGGCCAGGGCGGCGCCGAGCUCGGCGUACGGGAACAGACACCAACARCGUCAGGCUGUUUUUAUCAUGGAGAGGGAAGCUACUGAAGGCCAAAGUGAUCAAAGCUCCGACCCGGAGCCGGACGCCCAGCAGUCAGACAGCUCCCCUGACUUCAGCAGGCCGCAGAAACCUCCAUCCUCCAAGCCUGUGAAGAAGCAGAUAGAGGUGUCCAUCCAGAUGAUGAAGGAGAGGAAGUAGUCCCUCAUCAAGAACAUCUGCUCACAUCUGCAGCAACAACGUGACURCAUUAAAGUAACAAUAACUAUUUUGUCUGCCACCACCGUUAGUGACCACUGUAGUUUACAACUGUUUAUGAUUAUAUAUUUUUAGCAUGGAGUUCUAUUUAUCUUGUAGGUUAUGGGUCAUUGUGAAAUAAACUUUAUUUUGAAGGACA